UGAAGUUUAAGGUACCUAUAUCGUUAAUUCGCUAUUCCGAUAUUGAACGCUCUCAUAAUAGUACGCAAAUCGAUUAUCGAAUUUAAUUAGAUAAACAUUAUUUAUUUUUGUAUAACGUCGGCGGGUGCUCGUGUGCAAAAUGUUCCCGCCUACGCGCAUUCGGAGCUGCCUUCCAGUCAUAAAUCCAAUGUUUCGACGACUAAAACCGCACAAGCCUUUCAGACCGUCGACCAUACAAAAUCAAACAAAGAGUCUUAACACCAGCGUCAAUACACAGCUCCAGAAGACGAAAUGGAUGAAUUUUCGCGCGAUUUUCACGAGAUGGGUGCCUCUUGGAAGUGUUAUGUAUGUGAGUUGGUGUUAUAUACGUGCGAGUGUGAACUAUGAAGUUUCAAAAGUGGAAAUCAAGUUUUACGAAAUGUUUCCGUUCCGAAUUACUAGUCGAUUGUGGGGUAAACUUGCGGCCUGCGAACUCCCUACGUCAAUACGAAGUUUCGUCUACGGUACGUACGUUAAAAUAUUCAAUGUUAAUCUAAACGACGCGGAAGUGAAAGAUUUAACAUACUAUAAAAGUUUAUCGGAGUUUUUCACGAGACCUUUGCGUCAGGGUGCCCGGUACAUAUCCCCGGCGCCUUGCGUGUCCCCUUGCGAUGGCGUUGUCCUAAACUGCGGUCCAGCGGAUACUGAUAAAAUAGAACAAGUGAAAGGAGUAACCUACAGCCUCGAAGAGUUUCUUGGUGAAAACAAAUGGUCGACGAAAAAGGAAAAUAACUAUUACAACUCGUUAUUGAAGAAUAAAAGCAAUAUAUUACACCAGUGUAUAAUUUAUUUAGCGCCCGGUGACUAUCAUAGAUUCCACUCGCCUUGCGACUGGACGUCCAGCUUCCGAAGGCACUUUUCUGGUAAACUAUUGUCCGUUAAUCCUUGGAUGGCUCGUUUGAUACCAGGACUGUUUACGAUGAAUGAGAGGGCCGUGUAUGUUGGAGAAUGGAAGCACGGCUUCUUCAGCAUGACAGCGGUUGGAGCAACUAAUGUAGGUUCAAUCGAAAUUUACAGCGACCCAGAGUUAAGAACGAAUACGAAAGGUAAACGAAAUCGAAUCGAAGAAUUCGCAAACACAGUCACAUACAAAAAGGGUGAAUUGUUCGGUCAGUUUAAUAUGGGAAGUACGAUCAUUUUGCUAUUUGAAGCACCCGCAGAUUUCAAAUUUGAACUAAACGCGGGUGAACGAGUGUUAGUGGGUCAAGCAUUAACUGUGACGGCAAAGGAGCAAGCCAGAUGACCGAUUUACACUGACCUCGUUCACAUAGCUCAGGCUGCCAUAAUUUUCUACGUAAUAUUGCUAACGCUUUAGAAGCCUUAUGUAAAUAGUAGUAAAUGAUAACUAAAGUGUAUUUAGUGAUAUAUUAAGUAAAAGCUACAUUAGUAGCAGUACUGUAUCAGUAUAGCUUUUGAUACGAAAAGAAUUAGGUGUAUGGUUAGUUGUUGUUUUUUUAAUAGUUUAAUACAUAUUUUUUGUUGUCAAACAACAAAUACUACGGAUUAUGUGAUGGUUAACUAAAAAGCGGAAUAUUUAUUUUGUCGUUUAUAUUACAAUACUGUAAAUAUACAAUGCUAUUUA